UACAGCCAUGUCCUCACACUGCCUGGAAAUACCAGAAAUUCUCAUUCAGAUAUGCGCAAAACUUUCACAGCCGUCCCUGGCAUCCUUUGCGCGGACCAACUCGAGAAUAUGUGCGGUCGCUCUGGACGCGCUUUGGAGAGAGCAAACCAGUCUUCUACCCUUGUUGAAGACUUUGCCAAAGCACAAGAUUAUCCCAGUUUAUGGGUUAUUGUUGACCGAGGACAGCAUAGCGCAGGCGGACUGGGAGAACACCCAGACGUAUGCACAGAGAGUGAAGGUCCUUUCCUUUGAGAGCCACUGCUAUGCGACGGAUUUCGGAGAUGGCGCUACCGAUAUCAUCAAGACGUCUAUCGAGACCUACAUCCUCCAUCUGCAUGACGCGCCGAUAUUCCCGAACCUCCGUAAGCUUGAUUUCGGGUUCGUGUGCUGGGCUUACUACGAGUACCUGCGCUUCUUCAUUGCUCCCUCGCUGCGGAUCUUCUGCUUGCGCUACAGGCCAGGGUACCAAAACGCACCUGAUCUCGCGCAGAUCCUUUCCCCCAUUCCUCCACUAUGUCCAGAGCUUGCCUAUCUCACUCUCCACGAGGUGGAGAGUGAUUUUGGCGAUGAAGCUUUCCUCGGGGUGUGCCUGCCCUAUAAGGACAUGGUCCUUGGCUGGAGCACGCUGACAAGAGUGGACCUUGCCGAAGCCCAUCCAGAGGCCAUUCGCCACCUGGGGCGAUGUGGAAAUCUAAGGCACCUGAGGAUGUGCGUCGACACCGACCUGCAGUGGCCACCAGCGGAGGUACCUGGCUUCAAGAACGGUCUGUCUGAACUCGUCAUCAACGCGCGGAGAGGAAGAUGGGUUGCAGCAAUCAUCGAGUGCAUGUCGAAUGCCACCAUCGCGGUGACGUGCGUGCAGGUGAUCUGCUCGCGCGAGCGUAACCGCUACAGACGACGCAACCUUGACGUCCUCGCUCAGACGCUGGAUGCGGCGUCCCUCCGGGAAUUCACCUAUGCCUCAUAUCGGACCUUCGAGGGACGAGACGACCCUCUGCCGCUGUCGGUCCUGCUGCAGUACGCACGCUUCCGUGAAUUGACCAGAUUCGUCGUCGGUUGCUGUGGAUUUCCCUCAUUCGGCGAUGACGCGCUGGCUGACUUGGUGUCUGCGUGGCCUCACCUUCAGCAUCUCUCUAUACGCGGUUCGCUCAAAGCGUUCGACGACCGCGUCGAUCCCCAUAUCACGCUUGCAUCCCUGGCGACUUUGGCGCGCUACUGCCCCGCACUCGGCUAUUUCUCCUGCAAACCGAGCAGUGCCAAAGUCCCGCCCCUGCCGGACUUGGUUGCUGCACCUCGGGAGACCGCAGAGCCCAACUCCCCAUCUAUCGAGUUGGGAUUCAACGUAGUGGGAUUACCGAUCGAGAAUGCGGAGGCGGUGGCCAACUAUAUCUGCGCGGUCUUCAAGGACAGACAGUGCACGGUGACGUUCAAGGGCAGAGCACAGAACGGCGACGACGCAGUGUCGAUGGCCAAAUGGGAGAAGGUGCAGUCGUUGGUCGGGGCGCCCGAGGAUUAGGGACUGUAUGCAUCAUAGAAUCGAGUUGUCGGGUGCAUAGGGUAGUAGACGCCUCCGUCGUACGAUAGGAAGCUAAGUUAUCCUCAAGCGACGCCAUGAUGCCCUGUGUAGGUCCAGCUUCGAAUAAGCACGUGUUUGACAUAUUC